CCAUGCUGUGUGCAAAGAUCAUGGAGCAUCUACCAAAGUGGUGCAAGAGUAAAACCCAGAAGUGCCCCGUGAUGAUGUGGCCUGACUACCUGAGUGAAGUCAAGGAGCUUGACAGAUUUGUGACCGAGGACUUCCUCAAGAAAUCUUCAAGAUUCUUGCACCACCUGGCAGAGAUUCUGUUCAUCACUCCGGCCACUUCUGACCCCAUCAUUGUCCUGAAGCCCAACUGGCUCGGCACAGACGUCUUCGGUCGAGUCAUGGCGCCAGACUUCUUUGAAAACCACCUAAACAGAACAAGUGACGACUACGUUACCAGGGAGGAGCUGCAGCGUGUGUUCCAUGACGUUGCUGACGUUGAUCUUGUGAUCACCCUGCUGCAAGAGUUCCAGCUCUGCCACACCUUUGACGAAGAGACCUACAUCAUCCCAGGGCUGCUGACACAAACCAUGCCUGACGAGGUGUGGCAACCACCAGCAGAACCAAAGGUAGUCUACUUUGGGAAGCAAGUCCAGUGUACCGACUCUACUGAUAUGUUUUCCUCUGCCUUCUUUCCCCAAGUGCAGACCUGCCUGAUGAGGGAGCUUGAGAAUCGCCCGUCACUGUGGAGAGAUGGCGCCACGUGUGCGGGCAAGAACGUGGAAGGUCUGAUCAAACUCUCUCCGGACAGCCGAGCAGUCAACAUCUGUGUCCGGAGUGUGCAGGGUGACAAGGUGCAGUGCGGCAAGAUGCUGCAGCAGCUGGAGAACAUCAUCGCUGAUGUGCUCUAUGAGUGCAGUCCAGGAACAGGCACAGUAGAGAAUAUACUCAGCGCGCGUGCACUAAGAGAACACAGGGAGGAAUUCUACUCCUAUGGCAAGGAGGAGAUCAGCAAGGCAACAGCAGAGAGCGGUACAGUUGUCCAUCCAGUACUUCAGUUCACUGAACAGAUCAAUGACCUGCUGUGUUCAGAGGAUGGAGACCCAGACACCGAGGACACAAAGGCUUCCCAGCCAUCGCCAUGGGAAGUUGACACCCGUGAACAAGACAUUAUGCCAUCACAGCUGACCGAUGAGCCACAGGAUAGGGAACGCCUUGCCACCAGGACCUUCCCAAAGCUGGUCCAGGCUCGUGCUCGACAGGAUACCGAGGAGACUAAGGUAUUCCAGGCAGUCCAAAGUGCAGAUGACGCCUGGGAACAAGGAACGACGAUGCCACCACAGCUGGCCGAUGCGCUACAGGAUAGGGAGGACCAGGCCACGAGGAACUCUCCAGAGUUGGUCCAGGACUCUGUAGAAACGAAAGUGUUCAAGCCAGUCCAGACUGAAGUUGACCUUCUUUCAACAGACAUGCUGAUGGCAACACUGAGCAUCGAUGAGCCACAGGAUAUGGAGGACCCGCUGGUCAAGAACCGCUCACAACUGGUCAUGGCUUUGCGGAAUGUAGAGCCAAUCCUGGACCAUCUACAGGAAAGCGACAUCCUAACUAUGGAGGAGUGUGACGUCAUCAGGGCCAAAAGUACACCCCAGGACCGCACACGCGCGAUGUUGGCCAUUCUGGACACAAAGGGAGAAUAUGCAAACCAGACGUUCCAGGCAGUCCUGAGGAAGGUUGAUCCCCUUGCAGCUGACAUGCUGAUGGGUACAGAUCAGACCGAGGAUAGGGAAGACCAUCUGCACAGACGUCGCUCUAAGCUGGUGCAUGCAAUAAGGGACGUGGAACCACUUUUGGACCACCUACAGACACGUGACGUUCUCAGCACGGAGGAUUGUGACAUCAUCAGGAGCAAGCCCACACCUCAGGAACGCGCACGCGCACUGCUGGACACUGUGAGAGUAAAAGGAGCAAAUGCACGUCAGGUGUUGAAGGCCGUCCUAGGAGAGGUGUACCCGGAUGCCUUAGAAGUCAUGGCUUAAGCUUGUCCUAGCACAUUUAGUGCAAAGUUGCAAUUGGUUAACAGCAAUAAUCUGAUAAAUGCAUAUGGCAAACAGAUAAAAUGUAACGUUGACAUUUAGAACAUACUAAACGCCUAAUGUUUUAUACUUCAAUGAAAGAACCCUACCACACAACAUCUUUCCAGACAUUGUACAACUUGCUGUAAUUUUGUAACUGUUGUGGCAUGGUUUUAACUUUGUGUAGGUUGGUUACAACUAAUUCAAUGUACAUAACAAAGUCUAUGUAUGUAAUUAAGAAACAGGUAGUUUGCUUUCUAUAAGUUUGUGGAAAGAAAAUCUGAACUGUAGUGGGUAAAUGGAGAAACGAGUUACAUGACAAAUUUCACAAAGCAUUCUGAACUGUGCCUUUUGUAAUUAUAAAUGCGUUUUGGUUUUAUACUGUACAUACCUAAAGACUAGACACUUGAGGAUAAAAAAAUCAACAAAGAUAAUAUCCAUUCAAUAUUACAAUAUUAUCCUGUGAGCAACGAUUAUACAUGAUAAUCAGUGUCCGUGUAUAUAUUCAAAAAGAUGUGAAGCAAUGGUAUUGGAUAUAAUAAAAUGUGCCAUUGAAA